AUGGCGCAGGGGCCCCCGGGCGGAGUCAUUGGGGUCCUCGGAGGGGUGGUGGCCAUCGGUCUCAUCAUUGGAGUGGGGGUGACUGUUUUCAUGGUCCAUCGGCGGCAGCAGAAGACUCGCACUGAGACAGAUAAUGACCUCACUGCUGUGGCGGCUGUGGCUGAUAGUUGUGUGACACAGGCUCCAGAGAAACCCGAGUCCCCCACCAGGAAAGUAGAGAGCCCCGACCCCCGUGUCUCCCCCGCUGACCCCUGUGCUCCUGGAUCUAUUCUGUUACCUGCAUGUAACGGCGGCGUGCAAGUCACUUAUGUCAGCACGCCGCUGUGA